AUGAGCAUGAGAGCCUCCCCGGGUCCGCAUUUGGGAUCAAAGCCCAACGCUGACGCCAUAGGCGGGACAUUCACUUUGCUUCCCUUGAGCCUCAGGAGGGAGUCCCGUGACUCGCCCUCGGAUGCUCCAGACAAGUUCCGCUGGGCCGAAAAGAUCCCGAGCAGGUCCGAGCGCUCGGAGCAGACUUACAUGAGCGGCGACGUCUCGGAAGUCGUCGAAGCAGACCGGGCCGCCGCCGCCGUGGGGGUUCUGCCCCCUGUCGGACCAAUGGGGGGUGAGGGAACACCGGUGAAAGGCAAAUCCUUCUCCGUGGACAGCAUGGAAAACCCUCAAAUGGCGCCGAACAACAAUACCCCCAAGGAUGCCGACGGCGUCCUCGGCGCCGCAUCCAUCGAAGUGUCGUCCGAGGGCAAGUGGAAGAAUCUCCGCAAGAGCCCCGCCAACCCGCACACGCAGGCAAACUGUCUACGGCAGAUCCUGCUGUUGCAGCUGGACCUGAUUGAGCAGCAACAGCAGCAGCUCCAGUCAAAGGACAAGGAGAUCGAUGACCUCAAAGCAGACAAGGAGACGCUUCUGGCACGUAUCGAGCGCAUGGAGCGGCGCCUGCAGCUUACCAAAAAGGACCCACCGCGUGACAAACGCCUCUUCCAGCCCCUGGAGCCGUGGACCCCAGACAAGGACGACAUGUGGGACCUGGAAGUGGAGGAGAGCCCGCAGCCCAACCCAGUCGCCAUGAUGCCCUUAAAUCGAGGGAGCAAAGGGCAAAAGAGGAAGUCCUGCUUCGGAGAAUCCAAACUUCAGAAGUCACGUGGCAAAACCUCAAAGUUGAGUCCUCACAAGCCAGAAAGUCGGCCGGCGUCCCCGUCUCAACGAGAACUGCGCAGCAAGGAAGCGCCGGAGAAGAGCGCCCCCACCAGGCCGCCCUUCAAAGAGGAAGCGACGGAACUGAGCUGCCAGAUGGAUGACCUCCCCUUCCUGUCAACCACGGAGAUGUACCUGUGCUGCUGGAACCAACCGCCCGUGUCGCCGCUGCGCGAGUCUUCUCCCAAAAAGAAGAACGAGGACGACGAUGAAGAGGAGGAAGCGGCCAAUGCAGCCAACACGCACUCCAUGAUCAACUUCCCUUUCCCAUCUUCGUGCCGCCUCUCCGUUCCGUCGUGGCGGGAAAAUGCCAUUGAGCCGUUGACUGAAGAUUUAAAUUUUGACGCACAAGAGCCGUUGGAUGACAGCGUCUUCCUCAAGCGACACGCAAAGUUGGAACUGGAUGAGAAGAGGAGGAAGAGGUGGGACAUCCAACGGAUCAGAGAGCAACGCAUGUUUCAGCGCUUGCAGCAACGCAUGAACAGGAAGAAAGUCAUACCAGAGUCUGAGCCUGAGCUGUCGUCGUUCUACCCAGAAACUGAAGACGUGGAAGCGAUCAUGAUCACGCCCUUCUUGCCAGUGGUCGCAUUUGGUCGCCCGUUGCCCAAACUCUCACAAGAGAAUUUUGAGCUGCCCUGGCUGGACGAGCGCAGCCGCUGUCGCAUCGAGGUGCCCAAGAAACACACUCCGCACCGGACGUGUCGCAAGUGA